CUCCUCGAGGAGCGCAGAGCCGCCGCGGCUUUAGCCGCCGCCGACGCGUCGCCUCCCCGAAAGCAGGCGGCUCAGGUGAAGGCGUUAGACUUCCCGGGCGUCGGCGGAGGCGCGAUGGUCCCGAAGACGCUCGCGCGGGCGUCGUCCGGCGAUGUCGAGCAGCCCCACUCGCCGACGGGCCUCGCGGCUCGCCCCGAGAACAACGCCGGGCUCGGAGACGUCGAUAAACUCGUCGGCGGCGGGAUAGAGACGCCAAAUGCGAAGUCGUCCUCUUCCGCCGACGCCGCGCCCGCGCCCCUCGCCAGGCAGGGUACCAUGAAGCUUCGCAAGGCGCAGAAGGAGGCGAAGGGUUCGGAGGCUAUGGGCGAGUGGCUGGUCGACUGGGAGGACGUCAUGAGGGACGACAAAGCGCAGCUUAAGGUUCGAUGCGGCGAGUGGGCCGCGCGGCGGGGCCUCAACGCGGACAUGCACACCGGCUUCCUCGACUGCAGCACCGGGCGCGACAUCGUCGAUUGCUACGAGCUCUGGGUCCGACUUUCGCACCUGAUUCACAGGGGCGCCGGGAUCGUCCAGGCGAGCGAGACGAGGUGCGCGAGCGAGGUUGGCGAUCGGCUGUUCCUCGGCGGCGCUCUCGCGGCUAACGCGGCGCACACGCUGAAGGCUCUCGGCGUGACGCACGUGCUGAACUGCACAGACGAUCUCGAGGAUGCGCACGUCGGGUCCUUCGAGUACCAUAGACUGCCCGCCAAGGACGUCGCGGAGGAGAACCUCAGCGUCCAUUUCGAGGGCGCCAACGCCUUCAUCAGGGGCGCGCUGAGCGACCCGGCCAACUCGGUUCUCGUGCACUGCUUCGAGGGUAAGAGCCGCAGCGCCACGAUCGUCGCGCAGUACCUGAUGGAAUGGACGCGCGCCAACCUGAGCGAUACGCUCAAGGGGAUGAAAGCCGCGCACCCCGAUACCAAGCCCAACGAGGGGUUCAUGCGGCUCCUCAUGGCGAAGGAGAAGGCUCUGUUCGGGCUGGAGGAGAGCUCCGUGUCGGAGAAGAAGGUGCGUGGGCGGGGCAAGCCGCAGAUGCGAAGCUGUCCAAAGUGCGGCGCCAGGUGCGGUCUCAGCGCGGAGAGCGUGAAGCUGCACAUAAAGAAGGCGCACCCCACGAUGGGCAUGUGAGGGUCGGGGAGCCUCGGGGGCCGAGAAGGCACCCACCUGUGUUGUUUUGGUAGUCCUCGCGUUGGUGAACUGAUGAUUUCGUUUGGAUCG